UUUGGCAAAGCCGCCCAUUUCCUGGUCCAGUGGAAGUCCGACUGCCACUUCUUCAACGGGACGCAACGGGUGCGCUACCUGGACAGGUACUUCUACGACCGGCAGGAGUUUGUCCGCUUCGACAGUGAUGUCGGGAAGUUCAUGGCCGUCACCGAGUUCGGGCAGAAGGAUGCUGACUAUUGGAACAGCCACCAGGAGGUGCAGAUCAAGAAGGCCGAAGUGGACGGCUUCUGCCGAUGCCACUACGGGGCUUUCACCUAUCAGGCGGAGAAGACACGGCGUCUGAUUGGGCGGAGAA